UUUGAAGGUCUAGAUCCAUCUAGGCAGCAUGACUUCCUAUACCCACUUAUCUUUCGGGAGUAUAGUUAUGUGCUUUCCCAUGAUUAUGGUUUAAAUAGAUCUAUUUUGUUGCAAAAUGUCAGUUAUGAAAAUAAAUCUAGUUUACUAAUUGUAAAACGUUUAAUUACUCGAAUGGAUCAACAAAAUCAUUUGAUUAUUUCCACUAAUUUUUCUAACCAAAAUCUAUUUUUUAAAUGCAACAAGAAUUUAUAUUAUCAAAUGAUAUCAGAGGGUUUCUCAGUCAUUGUGGAAAUUCCAUUUUCCCUACAAUUCGCAUCUUCUUUAGAAAGGUCAGAAAUGGUAAAAUCUCAUAAUUUACGAUCAAUUCAUUCAAUAUUUCCUUUUUUAGAGGACAAAUUUUCACAUUUAAAUUAUGUAUUAGAUGUACUAAUACCCUAUCCGAUCCAUCUGGAAAUCCUGGUUCAAAUCGUUCGAUGCUGGGUGAAAGAUGUUUCUUCUUUGCAUUUAUUACGAUUUGUUCUCCAUGAGUAUUGGAAUUGGAAUAGUCUUCUUACUCCAAAGAAAUCCAUUUCUAUUUUUUCACAAAGUAAUCCAAGAUUUUUCUUGUUCCUAUAUAAUUCUUAUGUAUCGGAAUACGAAUCUAUCUUUCUUUUUCUACGUAAACAAGAUUCUCAUUUACGGUCAACAUCCUCUCGGGUCCUUCUUGAGCGAAUCCAUUUCUAUGGAAAAAUAGAACAUCUUGCAGAAGUCUUUCCUAAUUAUUUUCAGGUUAUCCUUUGGUUGUUGAAGGAUCCUUGCACACAUUAUGUUAGAUAUCAAGGAAAAUUCAUUCUGGCUUCAAAAGAUAUGCCAUUUCUGAUGAAUAAAUGGAAAUUUUAUCUUGUUAAUUUAUGUCAAUGUCAUUUUUUUGCGGGGUCUCAACCGGAAAGGAUCUAUAUAAACCAAUUAUCCAAGCAUUCUCUCGACUUUUUAGGCUAUCUUUCAAGUGUGCGACUAAAUAAUUCAGUGGUACGGAGUAAAAUGGUGGACAAUGCAUUUCUAAUAGAUAACGCUAUGAAGAAACUCGAUACAAGAGUUCCACUUAUUUCUUUGAUUGUAUUAUUGGCAAAAGCGAGAGUUUGUAAUGUAUUAGGACAUCCCAUUAGUAAAACGACCCGGGCUGAUUCAUCGGAGUCGGAUAUUAUUGACCGAUUUGUGCGUAUAUGCACAAAUUUUUCUCAUUAUUAUAGUGGAUCCUCAAAAAAAAAGAGUUUGUAUCGAAUAAAAUAUGUACUUCGACUUUCUUGUGUUAAAACUUUGGCUCGUAAACACAAAAGUACUGUACGCGCUUUUUUGAAAAGAUUAGGUUCGGAAUUAUUGGAAGAAUUUUUUACAGAGGACGAAGAGAUUCUUUCUUUGAGCUUCCCAAGAGCUUCUUCUACUUUGCGGAGGUUAUGUAGAGGUCGGAUUUGGUAUUUGGAUAUUAUUUGUAUCAACGACCUGGCCCCAGUUCUGAUGAAUCUAGAUUGAUAAGAUUAUAGAUAUCUUUUUAUGGAUGUUGAUAUUGGUUGACACG